GAAAAAAAAUGCUCGACAUUGCGCGAGUGAAUUAACGAAGGGCUUGCGAGAAGCCGGUGCCGGUACUGUCGGCACGCACACAAAGGCGCGAGAGAGGGAGCCGCUCUUGCGUUUACGGGGCGCGGGCGUGGGCGCCUCCUCUCGUAUGCCCCUCUCUGUCGCUCCCGCUGACAGCCCUGGUGCUAAACUAGCCCGGCUGCGAGUAAUUUUCGUCGUUCGAAUGGCUUUCCAUCGAGUGGCUUUUUUUCCCGGUGUGUAUAAGCCAAAAUAGCGCCGCCGUCUCUCACGAGGGACUCCCCGACUCGCGGUAUCGACGCUCUCGUCGCGAUUAGUCCUGUGCGAGGCUGUCUUUAAAUGGACGAGCGGCGGUGAGCGUGCACGACGUCGGCGACAAGAGGCAAGACUACAAUCACGACGACGGCGACGGGAAGCGGAAGGAAAAACGGCAGGAGAACCGCUCGGGGCUACCAUCAGGAGUAUGGAUCCCUCACCCCCGUGAGCUGCAUCGUCGGUCGAACCUAUCAUUCGGCGGCGGAUCGUCAUCUCGCUACUCGGGUAGCGAGCAGCCGAACCUGCAAACACCGUUGGCGGUAUGAGCCGGCCAUCCAAAGCCGUGACUCAAGCGAAGAAAGUAGCACCACCGGCUGUACCAGACGUGUUUCGACACUCGGGCUCCUCUUUUGGCUCGGCUGGAUAUGCUAGCAGCGAGGAUAGCUGUUUCCUCUCUGGAAGUGGCCCCGGAGGUACGACGGACGAUGGUUCCUACGGGAUGCCAUCUGGAAAAAGUCCGGGACCUAUUUUUACCCAUCCUGGCUUCGCCUUCCCGCCGGUGAUUGGCAAAUAUGCCCACGCCGAAGAUCAAGGUAUCGAUAUGACCCAGAGUCCCGGCAGGGACAGUCCUGGUAGUUCUGGAUCAGGUUCAGGUUCUAGACAUUCUACAGCAUCGCUGGAUUCAGGAAGAGCGUCCGGGUAUCAUUUGGGACCCAGGGGACCCGGUGCUCUUGCCUCGUCUCCUAGAUGUUCUAUCAGUUCCCUUGGAAGUCAUCCCGAUCGACCAGCAGAUCUUGAUGUCGUUCACGCUUGGUUAACCGAGCUCCAAUUUGAAGAGUAUUUUCCUUUGUUCGCUUCUGCAGGUUAUGACCUUGCUACUAUAACGCGUAUGACACCAGAAGAUCUCACAGCUAUAGGUAUUAAAAAACCCAAUCACAGAAAACGGCUGAAAGCGGAGAUAGACAAUUUGAACAUAGGAGAUGGAUUACCGGAGCAUGUACCCGGAUCGCUAGAAGAAUGGCUCAGACUUCUUAGGCUCGAAGAAUACCUUGGUGCUCUUCAUCAGCAGGGCAUGCGUUCCGUUGAGGACGUGACAACCCUUACUUGGGAGGAUCUCGAGGACAUUGGUAUCGUACGCCUAGGACAUCAAAAAAAAUUAUUACUGGCAAUUAAGAGAGUUAAGGAUAUACGUGCCGGCAAGCGUAUACAACCGCUUGAUCUUGCACGUUUGCCGCCACAUCCUGGACAUACACAGGACGUUGUUAUUCAACGAGGUGGGCCUGAUCUACCAUCACCCGAUGAAGACUGUUCCUCCCCUGUCCUCAGAUCUUUUCAAAGAGGUGGGAAUGAUAGCACUUGCGGUGCUACUUGGAGAAGUAUGUAUGCUGCGCUUCCAGCUGAUUAUAGUACAGUCGGUCGUACUGGCUCUCGUGGAAAAUCUUUGGAAAGCUUAGAGGACGCGCCUCUCGGUUAUCCCCCGUCACCAGCCCCAGCCUCACAUCCACAACCCCUCGAAUGGCGUCCACGCAGUUUCGAGGAUGGUGAUCUUACACCCACGAAUGAUGCUUCCGCUGUAGACACCGGUGGUGGCGGCACUCUUCCACGACCAAGACAUUGCCUCGUUCGCCCGCGACCGGUAGCCAAGGUCACUGCAACACCAGGACAAUAUAAAUCUUUACCAAGAGAUUUGGAUAACAAGUACCAAUUAACUUACGGACUGGAGAGUAGUCCGCACCUUCCGAAACGAUGUCCUCCGUCGCCCCCGAGACGACAGAGUUCCAGAGACACAACCAGUUCUUCCAUAGUAGGUACAGCGAUCGGCGACGUUGUAAUAGAUUGUAGCGGACCGGUUCCGACUGCUUCCUGUGAUGAUCAUCACAUUCAUCAGCAUCAUCAUCAGCAUCACCAUUUGCUUCAUCAUCCACCGCCGCCACCACCGGCACCCACGCCUGCGCCUUCUACACCGCCACAAUUGAAUCGACCGCCUUCUUCCAUGUCACGUUCAUGGGGUAGCGUCAGCGUGAAUGUUAACGAGGAACACGAAUUAAUCGCUACUCUCGCUCUGCAGCAUCGCAAUGGAUCGGAUGCUAGUUUUAAGUCAAGUUCCAGUACAGAAUCAGACUCAUUGCCAUUUGCCAAUGAGAAUGCCGGCACAAUAAAGCAACGAGCCGGUCGAGCGCAAGAAUACGUACCGAGUGGAUCCAACAGCGGUAUCGGCGGUCACGUAAUUAAUCAUCAUUCCAGCGGUGGCGAGCCUGCGGACGUUCUAAACGAUAUUGGAAAUAUGCUUGCCAAUCUCACAGACGAACUCGAUGCGAUGCUCGAAGAGGAAAAGCGCCAAGGCCUGAACUCAUAAUUGUCACUGCCUUCAUUUUCUAAUUAAUCAGAGUUGCCAUAAAGAACAUAAACUUGGCUCAUCGUCACUGAUAUGCGAGAUAAGAUAUUUACUUAGUGCAGGGUACAUAUUUGAGUACGAGUAAAUGUAAUUCCUGAGAGGAAUCCAUGAACGGAUACGAAUUUUGUCGAGAGAUUUGAAUACCUAUUAUCCUAUAAGAAUGUUAAAAACGGAAAUACUUACCAACAUAUAUAGAUAUAUUGUACCUUUUUGUUGCAUUUUACUUCAAGAGAAAUGAGAGUGACAUAUAUCACACUCUAAAUCGAAUAUAAUAAUAUUCGAUUUUGUAUUGUACAGAUUAAUGCACAUGUAUAACAUAUUUUCGUGUGAUUUAUACUUUGCUUCGAUCAUAGUUUCCUUCAUCGUCUUUUCAUUAAGAAGGAAAAAUGCUUUUAUAUGGAAAUAUAUCGGAGCAAAUUCCAACACGUUUCCAGAUGCAGCUAUUCUACGAUAUUAUCGCACAAUCUUUAAGUGUCUUCUUUUGAAAUAAUUUUUUUGUAGUUCAUAUUUUUUGUUAUUCCUUCUUUUUUUAUGGACAAUAUUAGAAAUGAGUGAUAUUGUAAACCAUAUCACUCUAUUCUAUCUGAUAAAUUAGCGCGAAUAUUUUCAAGAAGACGAUGUACGAGAUACUGGCAUGGCAAAAGGGGAGGGGAAUAAAUUUUUUAAGACAAAUACAGAUAUAUUGAAUGUAACCAUGAUUUGUACUACAAAGCAUGUUGCACAAACAAUUUGGUUUUCCAACAUACAUCUUCCAUGUAAAACCAAUCUUACAAUUUAUAACAUGUACAAAAGUCUAAUUCUUUUUUAGGAAUUUGAUUUUCAACAUGUACAUUCCAGUGACAUUUUUCCAUUUCCGUCCU